AUGAGCGAUCUUAUUCCAUAUUUAUUUUGGGAAAAGCAAGAAGGUCAAUUAUGUGCACAGCAUUGCUUAAAUUCUCUUUUGCAAGGUGAGCUAUUUACGGCAGUAGAUUUAAGCGUAAUAGCCCGAACAUUAGAUCAAGCGGAACAAGCCGCUUUGCAAGAAGGCGCAUUACCUGGACAAGUAAUACCAAAUCCUUCCAUAAAAAGUCAGAAUAUGGACGACUCGGGAUUUUUUUCCGUUCAGGUGUUGAGUGAAGCUCUCAAAAUAAUUCCUAUUGGCUCAGAACAAUGUGAAGGUGUACGUGGUCAUCCAGAUGAUGAAAUAGCAUAUAUUUGUAAUCUACAUGAACACUGGUUUUGCCUAAGAAAAUUUGGUGGGACACCGACACGAUGGUAUAAUCUAGAUUCCCUUUUACGUGGUCCAGAAUGGAUUAGUCAAACAUAUCUAGGGAUGUUGCUUAGUCAAUUAGAAAAUGAUGGUUAUAAUAUUUUUGUGGUAAGAGGAACUUUACCAAUAUCUCAAGCUGAUGAAUACGCCGCCGAGCAUCCGGAACCUUUAGGGCGAACCAAAGAAAAAUCACAUGAUGACAUUGAUGCAGCCAUGAUCGAAGCAGCAAUUGCUGCAAGUUUGGAAAAUAAUUCAUCGUCAUCAUCACCUAUAUCAAAUAACAAUCAGCAAGAUUCAGAGAAGUCCAAUGAAACUUCGAUAGAUGAAAUCCGAGCAAAGAGAUUGGCGCGUUUUGGAUGA